AUGGGACUAAAGGAGAUUGUCAAACAUCAUAUAAUGGUAAAUGCCAUACAACACAGUUGUGCGAAACCCAAAAAUUCAGUCAGAAGAUUUAACUGGAGCGUUCUAGUGCUCGACGAAGUUGGAUCGCGGAUUAUAUCAUCUUGCUGUAGUAUGUCAGACAUGUGCAGUAAUGGAAUUGCUC